GCACCAGCUAAUCCGUCACGGCGUAUCCAUCCAAGAUUCGAAUCCAUUUCCGCUGGCUCCCCUGAUCCACCGAAUGCAUCCCCAUCUCCCGUGGUUCGGUGGGCGGAAGGACGAAGUCCAUCGAAAUCAUAGCUCAAAGAAUCGAAGGGAACGCACUUCCCACUGGUCAAACCCCACCCGCGGCUCGCGAGCCAUCCCAUUUCCUAUAAAUAUUUGGAGAAGGGACAGUAUUUUUUUUGUUUUAAUUUAUAGAUUCUAAUCUCAUUUCUUGGAUCCCAUUUUUUUGCACCAUUUUUCUCUUGCUUUCUUUUCACUAUUUUUACUUGGAUUUUGUUUAUUUUGUGUUGGGGGUUAGCUGUUGAGAGAGAGAGAGAGAGAGAGAGAGAGAAAGGGAGGAAAGGAUGGCGAACAUAGAUAUAGAGGGGAUAUUGAAGGAGCUGCCGAGCGAUGGGCGGGUGCCGAAGACGAAGAUCGUGUGCACGCUUGGACCGGCGUCGCGGUCGGUGCCGAUGCUGGAGAAGUUGCUGCGGGCGGGGAUGAACGUCGCCCGCUUCAACUUCUCCCACGGCAGCCACGAGUAUCACCAGGAGACUCUCAACAACCUCCGCACCGCCAUGCUGAACACCCAGAUCCUCUGCGCCGUCAUGCUUGACACCAAGGGACCUGAGAUUCGCACUGGUUUCUUGAAGGAUGGGAAGCCUAUUCGACUGAACGAGGGUCAGGAAAUCACAGUGACCACCGAUUACAGCAUCAAGGGUGAUGAGAACAUGAUUAGUAUGAGUUACAAGAAACUCCCUCAUGACCUAGAGCCUGGAAGUACCAUCUUGUGUGCUGAUGGUACUAUAACCCUGACUGUCCUCUCAUGCAACCCAGAUGGUGGGACCGUGAGAUGCCGCUGUGAAAACACUGCUCUUUUAGGUGAAAGAAAGAAUGUCAAUCUGCCUGGUGUUGUUGUGGAUCUUCCCACAUUGACGGAGAAGGAUAAGGAAGACAUCAUGGGAUGGGGUGUGCCAAACAAUAUUGAUAUGAUUGCUCUCUCAUUUGUGCGCAAGGGGUCUGAUCUUGUUAAUGUUCGGGAGUUUCUUGGGCCUCAUGCAAAGAAUAUAAUACUGAUGUCAAAGGUUGAGAACCAGGAAGGCGUGAUGAACUUUGAUGAAAUCCUGAAGGAGACUAAUGCUUUCAUGGUUGCUCGAGGUGACCUUGGGAUGGAGAUUCCCAUUGAGAAGAUCUUUCUUGCUCAGAAGAUGAUGAUCUACAAAUGCAACCUUGUGGGCAAGCCUGUUGUCACCGCCACCCAGAUGCUUGAAUCGAUGAUCAAGGCCCCGCGCCCAACUCGUGCUGAGGCCACUGACGUUGCCAAUGCUGUUCUUGAUGGCACCGACUGCGUCAUGCUUAGCGGUGAGAGCGCUGCUGGAGCUUAUCCUGAGCUGGCAGUGAAGAUCAUGGCAAAGAUCUGUGUUGAGGCAGAGUCCUCCCUUGACUAUGGUGCCAUAUUCAAGGGGAGGAUACAGACUACUCCUCUGCCCAUGAGCCCAUUAGAGAGCCUUGCGUCAUCGGCUGUUCGUACCGCGAACAAGGCGAAGGCAUCGUUGAUUGUGGUCUUGACUCGUGGAGGGACUACUGCAAAGCUGGUGGCCAAGUAUCGUCCGGCAGUCCCGAUCAUGUCAGUGAUAGUCCCAAGUUUGACAACAGAUUCAUUUGAUUGGACGGUCAGCAAUGAAGCACCUGCGAGGCAAAGCCUCAUCUACAGGGGGCUGGUACCUCUGCUGGCUGAGGGUUCGGCCAAGGCAACAGACUCGGAGUCGACGGAGGUCAUCUUGGAGGCUGCACUCAAUGCAGCAGUGCAGAGGCAGCUGUGCAAACCAGGGGAUGCCGUCGUUGCACUGCACCGCAUCGGAGCUGCUUCGGUCAUAAAGAUCUGCAUUGUGAAGUCAUCCAACAAAUGAUCAAAUAAAUAAAUAAAAUUGAUGAGAGGUAUUCUGGGCUCACCCUGUUUCUCAAUAAACAGGUUUUCCUUGCUGCUUUGUUUGUAGGAUUCUCAACGUUGAAGGCAUUUUUUCUAGAAUGCAUUGGAUAUUAGUGGUUGAGCUCUUAAUUCUUAAUAAUGAGCCCUGCUUCUUUUGAAAUUGCUUGUAUCGGCAGCAACAUUAAAAGUUUCAUCUGCUUAAGUUGUAUCUGAGCUUGGAUUCAUGCCCAUCGGAAACUUGUGCUCUCGUACAAUGUCGCUGGGAUUCAAUAUUCAAAGUUGAAGCCAUGGAUCCCAAUAAUUGGUC